GUUUUAAUAUUUUGGUAAUGCUCUGAUGAGUGGUGAGAGAGAUGAAAAUCUUGUAAUGGAUAUUGUUGACAUCUCUAAACGGUUGGUCACCAGAGACAGGACUCUCAAACCUUUAUCAUGUCUGGCCAUUGCAUCCAUGGUGCAUGCACAGGAAGCUGAUCCUACAAAUCUGGAGGUGCUUCUUGCUCUUGGUGUGAGCCAUACAAAUGGGUUGGAGCAGACAGCUGCUUUGAAGUAUCCAUAUUGAUGGUUAUGCCAUCACCCAAAGUGUGGAACUCUCACAACACGAGCUCUCUGAAUCAUUGUAUUAUGCUGAUAUUGCUAGAUUAUUCAAUGAAGCUGCUCAAAUGUCACCUGAGGAUGCUGACGUCCACAUAGAACUUGGUGUCCUAUAUAAUUUGUCAGGGGAAUAUGAUAAGGCUGUUGCAUCUUUCAAGACAGCCUUGAAACUCAAACCUAAUGACUACUCCCUCUGGAACAAGCUUGGGGCAACACAAGCAAACAGUGUGCAUAGUACUGAAGAAAUAUUGGCCUAUCAA